GCCGGGGCAGGGCCGGGCGCCCGCCCGCCGGCGGAGAGACGGGCCCACCCACGGGGCAGGGCAGAGCGAACCCUGGCCGCCAUUGGCUCACCUCUGGUGCCAGUUAUCGGGAGGGCCAGCCGCCCCUGGGGAAGAUGCAAUAGACAGAGGCAGCAGGCCAGCACUGUGGAGAGCAGAAUUUGAAGCCAACAAAUAGGAGUUAUAUGCUGAUGCUAGCACUGACAAACAACUCAGGCAAAAGAGAUCAUGACAGAGCAGGAAGCCAUCAGGAAGCUCGUGAUUUUCUUGCAGGAAUGGGAUAGUGCCCACCAAGUUGCUUGAAGACACAUCCUGGACAACUUCAUAGAAAGCAGUGAUGGCAAGGCAGGAGCAAAGCUGGAGUCCUCCCAGGGUACCAGCUUGUUUCUGUCUCAUCUAACAGCAUAGCUCAGAAUGACAUAUCUGUUUCCUUGGACAGCUGCAGGUGGUAGUACAUGCCUUAACAAGCUAUUCAAGUCCAUCGGUAUCUUCUCGUCUGCUGCAAAUGGGCACAGAUACCAUACUGAAUUUUUGGAGAUUGGAGGUAUCAUGCUUCUGGAAAUACUGGGACUGAACCACCUGAAAGCAGAGGACAAAAGAGAGUCUGUAAAGCUGCUGCAGCUCAGUACUGAUGCUGGCAGGAAGCAUAAGGAGCUCAUUUGUGAAAGCUACGAAAUGCAAUCUCUCAUCAAGUUCCCGGUCGUUUCGAAGUCAACAGAGGAACAAGAAGAUGUGAAGGUUCUACUGGACCCCCUGAGCUGCAGGAACCCCAAGUACCAGAACCAAGUCUACAAAGGUGUCAUUGCAGCACUACUGUAAAGCUGGCCCUGCAGACACUGAGGGUCAUGCAGGUGAGCAGCAGGCCAUGUUGGGGGACACUAAAGAGCACUGACACUAAAAGACUGAUCCUUCCUGCUCUGGCAGGAUCUGUGCUGGUCUCUGCGUUAUUGGAAGCUGCACUAUGCUAAGAAAAAGACAACUUUUAGUGUGAA